GUAUCUUUGCCGCGAAAGUCUAUGUAUCGGGUUGGUUGGUUGGUGAUUUCCGUUUUGGUUAGCAGAACGCUACGCACGAACGUGCAGUACCUUCGCGGUAACAAUAACGAUGCCUAUGACUGGCGAAAGCCUGAUGCGACUUUGCACUAUGAAUUUCAAAUGAAUAUGGAAUCUAGCGACUAUUUCCAGCGGUUCGCGCGUAACAAAAAGCUUCAUUGUCUGCUGAAGUAUACCAACACGAGAGCAGACGAAACGACGAGAGGUUCGUUCACCACUUCGCCAGCUAUUCGAAUAUGUAGUCGUACACGAGCGGCAAUGUUAAAAAAGGCUAUGGAGGCUGUGCUUACAGCUAGGACUGGAGGCUUUAUGAAUAAGCGAGAAGCCGCAAAGCCAACUGACCUGCCGAUUGAUAUACGCGAUCCACUAAGAAUGCUAUCGCUAAAAGCAUGACAAUGAAAAAUGUGCGCUCCCGCGAAAUUAAGCAUGUGGACAAGAUCUGCUUGUGAGAGCUGACUGUCUUUUCCAAAAAUUGACCUGCAACUGACAAUGGACCGCGAGGUUUACAAUCAGACCAACGUUGAGACUAGAGAUCUUUUGGCGUUUGUGCUCCGGACAAAUUUCGAGCCCGCCAUGGAAACGACUGCGGGACAUGAUGGGUAAAAACAAUAUGGGGAAAAAUUUAAUUUUCGUGAAGGAAAAUAAUAUAAAAAUACGCCGGAGGAUCAGGUAUACUGCCUCAUGCUUGUAUAUACUGAAGAGGGCUAUGUCAGUUGGUACAUUCGUGGACUUGUUUUUGUCUGUUUUGCAUGUCGGAAUGAGCUUGCUAUUAUAGGUUC